AAAUUCAAAGGAAAUUCACGGCUAAACAAAGAAUGUUCACUCAUGAAACUUGUACAGUGGAUGUUACGAAAUCCGAAUGUAAAUCUAUGUAUUUAUUCAAUGUAUUUUAGCCUUAGCAAACUGGGGAUUAUUUUCUGUACAAGAAUAGUCUGUAGCUGUAAAAAUUGAAUAAAUGUAUUGUAGGCGUAAAACAUCUGUCGAAUCAUCAUAUUCAUUACUUACAAUGAUUCGUUGUUGCCUAUGCAUAGUUCGCCCUGGAAUAAAUUUUUAUGAAUAUAUCUCCCAUAAACAGAAUGAAGAUAAUAUCAUUGAUCUGUCUGGUCUGCUUCUUUUGGCAUGCGGCAUGCGACAAAAGUGUGACUCUAGUUAAAACACGUUCAGGUCCAAUAGAAGGUAAGGUAUCUUCAGACUGGGGUACCCCAGUGAAACAAUUUCUUGGUAUUCCUUACGCCACGCCACCUGUUGGAGAGUUGCGUUUCAAGAAACCAAUACCUAUAAAGCCAUGGAAGAAUGCAAUCAAGGCCACGCAAAAUGGUCCAGCUUGUAUUCAGUAUACGAAAUCUCCAUUCAUGUGGUACGAUUCUGAAAGUGGCAAAAGCGAGGACUGUCUUUACCUGAACAUAUUCACUCCGAUUUCUGCCAAAAAGGGGAGUGAUCUGGCAGUUAUAUUUUUCAUUCAUGGCGGAGGUUUCACAUUUGGAUCUAACCGAAAAAAGAUCUAUGAUGGAUCAGGUUUGGUAUUACAAGGUAAUGUGAUUGUCGUGACUAUUAAUUACCGUUUGGGCUUGUUUGGAUUCCUCACUUCUGACUCAGAGGAUGCUCCUGGAAACGCAGGAUUGUAUGACAUGGUAAUGGCUCUUCAUUGGAUACAUGACAACAUAGAAUUCUUUGGAGGGGAUAAAAAUAGAAUCACAGUUCACGGACAAAAUGCAGGCUCUUUGGCCACCAGUUUACUCUGCGUCUCUCCUCUGACGAAAGGCCUGUUCAGUAGAGCCAUCUUAGAGAGUGCAUCAGCCACUUUUCUGAAGUAUAACCAAAAACAGGCCAACUUGAAUUUCAGCCAGCAAAUAGCAAAAGCCGUUGGAUGUGCAUCGCACCAACAAACAAUUACAAGCGACUCGAAAAACAUCGUAAAUUGUUUAAGAGAGAAAAAUGCGACAUAUCUUGCUGAAGUUCAAUGGACAUUUAUUCCCCACGACUUUCUAUCAUUCUUCCCCCAAUACGGUGACGAAGUUCUACCAACGAAUGCUGCUGAUGACAUCCGCAAUGGCAAGUUCCAUGAUGUCCCUCUCCUUAUCGGCAAUGAUAAGGAUGAAGGAUCCUUCCAAAUAACCACCAGAAAUCCACGGACAUUUGGCUUUUUUGGUGAAAAGGACACUAAGAUCAACAAGACCCAGGGCGAAGAGAUGAUCAGAGGCUAUUUCAAGAAUUUCACACAUCCAGAAAAGUAUGUAAAACAUUAUCUAGGAAAUGUUCCAAAUAAUGAACUUGACCUCAUCAGGCGACAAGUGUAUACUGCUUCAGGGGACUACACCAUAUUGUGCCAUACUGUGUAUUUCGCUGAGAGUUAUGGCAAGAAGGGGAACGAUGUUUACUUUUACUUCUUUGUACAUCGUCCGAGUAACAGCGAAUGGGCAUCUUGGAUGGGAACAACGGAUUUUGAUGAAGUGGAAUUCGUUUUUGGUCGGCCAGUCAGAAAACCCUGGAGAUAUCCAUCGGAAGAACGGAGUCUGAGUUUUAAACUGCUAAAUAUCUGGACUCACUUUGCUAAUUACGGUUAUCCAAGCGAUACCUUCAAAUGGCCGAAAUAUUCUAUCCAAAACCAUACUUAUGUGGUUAUUGAUACAGAUUUUAAAGGUGAUCGUUUUGGAACUGGCCCUCAUCUAGACAACUGCAAUGUCAUGAGAGAUUAUUACGGAUUUUAAUGCCACAAAUUAAUACCAUCUGUGAUUAGAAUUUUUUGUAAAUUGUUUAAUAUAAUGUAAGGGAGGAAACGCUUUUUUAAAUUAUGAUACUAUAAAAGUAUACUCAGGAUUAUGAGGUUAUUCAAUAAAGUGAAUUUUUAGUGAAACUGGAAUAGUUAGUUCUGUGAUAACCAAAGCAAUGAAGUGAAAAAUAAAGCAGAUCAUAUAAUUCACCCACCUUAAUGCUGUAU